AUGCCGACCAUCUCCGUUGACAAGUACAAGCUCUUUGAGGCCCUUGGUCGCAAGUACACUCGCGAAGAGUUCGAGGACCUCUGCUUCGACUAUGGCAUCGAGCUCGACGAGGAUACCGAGGAUGACGAGCGUCCCAUUGUCGACGGCAAGCAGGAGCCGCCUCAGUUGAAGAUUGAGAUCCCCGCCAACCGAUACGACAUGCUUUGCUUCGAGGGCAUCGCCCUCAACCUCAACAUUUUCCUCGGCCGCACCCAGCCGCCCAACUUUCGCAUCGUCGAGCCCAAGGACGCCGACCAGCAAGUCAUUACAGUGCACCCCGAUACCCUCAAGGUCCGUCCAUACGUCGCCGGCGCCGUUCUCCGCAACAUCAAAUUCACCCCGGACCGCUAUGACUCCUUCAUUGCUCUGCAAGACAAGUUACACCAGAACCUGGCUCGCAACCGAACGCUCGUCUCCAUGGGUACCCACGAUUUUGACACCGUCAAGGGCCCAUUUACCUACGAAGCCUUGCCGCCCAAGGAUAUCAAGUUCAAGCCCCUCAACCAGACCAAGGAGAUGAACGCUGAGGAGCUCAUGACUUUCUACGAGAACGAUAAGCAUUUAGGUCGCUUCCUGCAUAUCAUCCGGGAUGCGCCCGUUUACCCCGUCAUUUACGAUGCCAAUCGCACAGUGUGCUCCCUGCCACCCAUCAUCAACGGCGAGCACUCCAAAAUCACACUCGACACGUCAACCGUCUUCAUUGAGAUUACUGCCACCGACAUGACCAAGCUUGGCAUAGUUACCAACAUGCUCGUCACCAUGUUCUCCAUGUACUGCGCUGAGCCUUUUACCGUGGAGCCCGUCAAGAUUAUCUCCGACCACAACAACCUUACCCGCGUGACACCCUCUCUCCAACCGCGCGAAACCACCGCCGAAGUCGACUACCUGAAUAGCUGUACCGGCCUCGACAAGACUCCCCAGGAGCUCUGUGACCUCCUUACUAAGAUGGCCUACGUAUCAAAGCCGUCCAGCACGGAUGCCAACCUCCUGGAAGUUGCUAUACCCCCCACACGUGCCGACAUUUUGCACCAGUGCGAUAUUAUGGAAGACCUCGCUGUCUGCUACGGAUAUAACAACCUUCCCCGCACAAAGCCCAAUCGCAGCGCCACCGUCGGCGGUCCCCUCCCCAUUAACAAACUCAGCGAUCUCGUGCGCAUGGAGGCCGCAAUGGCCGGCUGGUCCGAGGUCAUGCCGCUUAUCCUCUGCAGCCACGACGAGAAUUUCGCCUGGCUGAACCGCAAGGACGAUGGCAACACUGUUGUGCGCCUCGCCAAUCCCAAGACGCUUGAAUACCAGGUCGCCCGUUCCUCGCUGCUACCCGGGCUCCUCAAGACCAUCAAGGAGAACAAGGGCCACAGCGUGCCCAUGCGCAUCUUCGAGGUUGCCGACGUUGUCUUCAAGGACGAGCGCGAGGAGCGCAAGGCCCGUAACGAGCGUCACUUCGCCGCCGCCUGGUGCGGCAAGACUUCGGGCUUCGAGGCCGUUCACGGCCUUCUCGACCGCGUCCUCCUCAUGCUCCGAACCGCCUUUCUCACCGAUGGCACUGACACCCCCGGUAACCCCGACGGCUACUGGAUCGAGGAGCUCAACGAGGACACCUUCUUCCCCGGCCACGCUGCCGCUGUGCACCUGCGCCUCGGCGGCAAGGAGGCCCGCAUCGGCGAGUUUGGCAUCCUGCACCCUACCGUCCUGGAAAAGUUUGAUUUGAGAUAUGCCGUCAGCACUCUAGAGAUCAAUCUUGAGGCUUUCCUAUAA